UCUGUGAUGAUGCUGUGAUGUGAUGAUAUCGGACCACGUCCGACGGUCGCCGUAGGUUUUGAGAAUCGAUAUCAAAUUAUGGAAUUGAUCGUCGCUAGAGCGCAGUUGCAAUUGCAUUGAUUGCAUUAUCCUGCCAGCCCGGCGCUCCAGCUCCACCCAGGCACUGGCACUGCCGUACAUGCCUUCUCUACGUGCUGACGCAUCGUACAUCUAUCUUGAGCUUUAAUCGCUUCCUUACCUUUGUAAUCUUUUACGAUUGGUUUUCUGAAAUGCCACGAAAACCGUGUUAUUGGACGCGAAAAUUAGAGCUGGAUCUCGUCGAGUUUGUGCGACAACGAGACUUCAUAUGGAAGCCAUUUGGAAACACUAACCAUCACAUACAGCAGAAGUACAAGGCCUAUGCUGAAUUUGCUGCGAAACUGGGCGGUGGAUUUACAGCUCGCUCCGUCCGUGAUCGCUGGGUGAACAUUCGAAGUACGUACAACCACAACGUGCGACGUAUCGAGCGCUCCAGGGAGACUGCCAAAUCUCUUGAAGAGGUCUAUGUGCCAUGCUGGCCGCUAUGGAAACCACUGCAGUUUCUCCGGGAAGGUUCAAGAAAAGAAGAUGUCUAUGAGGGCUAUUCAAUGGACUUCAAAGAGACAGACAAUGUGGAAGUUAAAGUUGAAUUUGAUGACAUGGAUGACCCAGAACUUCUACAAAUCCGCCAGCGAGGCCAGAGAACUGACCGACCCAGACGCAGGGCUCCCAUAUCUAAAAGGAAAAAGAAUAACAAGUGUAAAAAAGUCUUGGAUGACCUCCUUAUUGCUAUGAAACCGGUAGUGUCCAAUGUUCCUUCGGAGACCAAUAAUUACUGGUUCUUUAGUCGUCAUGUCACUGAGCGAUUGAACUGUAUGAGGGAAGAGGAUGCCUUUGCAGCAGGCCAGGAGAUCAUGAAGCUUUUGGAGUGGCCUGCUACUGACAUUACUUGAAGACAGCUUGGAUGAAUGGGCUUCUAAGCCUCUGGAAUAGUCAUGAAUUCUUCAUCAGCUACUUUUUGGUGAUGAAGACAGUAUUGUGAUGGAAGAUUGACUCUUAUCUUGAAUUUGAGUAAAUCCUCAAAAUGACACCGAAAUAGAACUCGAAGGCUAAUUUACAAAAAUAGAAAUCUGUUGUCAGCCUACCAGAGGUUUGUUUGUCAUUUGCUUGUGGCCAUAAUUAACUUCAUAAUUAGCAUUCGAACUCCUUUUUAUCCCAUUCCCGAGGUUGUAUUAGGUGUCUGUCUCUGUUCACACAGUUGUUCAGCAAAAAAACCUUGUCUCAAUAUUACCUCAAUUGGUCAAAUCUCUCAAAAGAAUCUUAACAAAUCGAUAUUACCGUCUGCGAAAAAUGAUUGGUGCAGCAGGCCAGGAAACCAUGAAGAUUUUGGAGUGGCCUGCUACUGACAUUAUUUGAAAACGGCUUCGAUGAAUGGGCUUCUAAGCAUCUGGAAAGUCAUGAAUUCAUCAUCGGCUACGUUAUGAAGUGAUUAUUUAUGAAUGCACAGGCAGCUUAUAGCUGAUACAUGCACAUCAAUAUCUUGCACUUGUGAUUUCUCCAUUUAUAAAGCCUGACAACAGUCUAUUUAACCCUGAGAUAGUGUUGCUGCAAACAGCUUACGUAUGGCAAUAAUGUGCGUACGUCAUGUAUAAUCGGGGUAGUGGGCAUUGGCUUCAUGUUGAUACUCGUAUAAUGUCAAAACAUUGCUUACAGAGAAUUCGGUUCUUUCAAUUUACCUAUUCGUCAAAAUCUGAUUCUAAAUAUUCAAUAUUUAUAUAUUCUUCGUUUGCUGACUCUGACGUAGUCUGAUUUUCAUCAGAUGUUGUGUCGCUUUCAGGACCACCAACCUCGAUUAUAAAACGUUCAGUCUCCAAUUCAAUUAUACGAUCUUUAUUCCUAUAAUCGACUUCAAUUUUUUUAACAUGGUCACAGCAAUUGCUCCAAUUUUCUUGAGUUACUUCCUAUACGAUAAUCAUCUAUUUAAAAUUUAAAUCAUUAAUGAUAUAGACUGAAUUCAAAAUAAUUUACAUAACUUAACUAAAUUCUAAACAUUAAGAUAAGUUUUAUACCUGAAAACUAUCUUCAACAAGCUUUAGAAAAGCCUUAUUAUCGAUAGACACAUUUUUAGUUGCCACUUUAGCUUUUACAAUGCCCCAAAUCAUCUCAAGGGUUUAAAUCACAGUGAUAUGGCGGUAAUCUUAUCACUUUCUGUCCGUAUGUGGAGAGAAUCGUGUCUAUUUCAUAUAUUGAUUCAGGUUUGUGACGUCUCAAAAUCGCCACCAAUCUAGCUUUGGAUGCUUUUUGUGGAAAUGAAAUUUUAUUCGAACGCUGCCACUCUGCAAUAACAUGCUUUCUGUGGCCAGAUGUUGGUGGUUUAUUAAUGCGAAAGGAAUGGUAUCGGGCAUUAUCCAUAACUAUACAUGUGGGUUCACUUAGAUUGGGAAAUGAUUUCUGCGUAACCCAUUUCUUAAAAUUAUUUUUAUCCAUCGAUGAUAAUCUGCUUUUUUUUCUUUAUCAUUAUAUACCAGAAGUACAUUAGGAACAAAUCCGGAUGGUCCACCGACAUGAACAAUAAUAUGUCGUUUCCCUGUUGGUUUCAACGACAUAUUAUUGUUCAUUUUCGCUCUGCCAACAUUUGGCGUGGUUCAGAGAAGUAUGAAUGUAGUCGUCCAAAUAAACUAUAGGCAUAUUUUUUAUCCCUUACUUCUUGUAUUUGAUCCAAAUAACUUUUACGCCAAACCACAAUAUCGGAACGCUCCAUCAAUAUUGACCGUUGGUUUCUGCAUUUUUUAUAUUUGAAUCCCAUACUGUGCAUCAGUUUUCGUAAGUACUCUCUGCUGCCUGUAAAUCCUGUCUUUUUUCAAAGCAGUGAGCAGAGUUUUGGUACUCGGUACUUGUAUUCGCACGGCAUAAUAUUCAUGAAUUUUAUGCCUUAUGACACAUUUAUCGAAGUCGUCUAUUUGAAUUCUCUUUUUGUGGGGGGCUUUGUUUUGUACAGGGGUCAAAGUCAAGACCGUCUCAUUAUUUUUAGAAAUAUUUUUUAUCGUCGAUCUACAUAAACUUUAAAUGAAAUAUUAAAGUUUAAAGUGUUUAAACCAAACAACUAACCAGUUCAAUACAACCGCACUAUAAAAUGUCAAUACCGGUCAGUCAACAACCAACUUUAAAACAUUGUUUAUUUGAAUGCUAUGUAAUCCUUCGUCUUUUUUAAGGUGUAAGUAUUUGAUUGCAUUCACAAUUUUUUCGUAUCUUUGGUUUGUUUUUGGCAUUUUUGUAAUAAAACUGUUUAUAUUUAAAUACAUUCGUAGAUAUUUUCUGUUUACAUCGGUGACAUUGGAUGACAUCCAACGUUCGAUAUCAAAGAGUACUUGUUGCCAAAUAAACUGUUGUCAGGCUUUAAAAUGUUUAUCGAGUCUGUUUUUAAAAGAGUUCACUGAGGGUGCCCCUGAUUGCGGAUAAUUGUGAUGGAAGAUUGACUCUUGUCUAAUGAAUUGAUGAUUUCUCUUUCACCAGUGUAACCUCAAAUUUAUACCACAAAAUGCGAAUAAAAAAAAUUGAAAUCUGUUGUCAGCCUACCAGUUAGUCCAGAAGUCUAGUUUUCAGUCUGCGACCAUAAUUACCCCUUCUUAACUCCAUUUUAUUAUAUUAUUUUCAUUUAUUAGUCUGUCCGUAUACUCACAGUUGUAGUUCAGCAAAAAAAACUUGUGUCUGGUUUUUUGGAUAACACAUAUUAUCUCAAUUGUUUAAAUAUCUAUGUUUUGGUACAAAUAAAAUCGUGAAUUAGGUUAUCCAAAGAUAAAUAAGUCUUAAAAGUUGGACAGACGUUCUGCCAAAAAUGAUUGUUGUAAAUAAAGGAAAAGGAUUUAAAGAUGAAAUUGAAAAAAAUCCCACAUUUUUGAAAUUCGUUUAGUAGGUAUUGGCGGUGGUUUUUCGUUGUCGUUUGUCAUGUUAUCAAAGAUUGUUUGUAAAUUACCUGUGACCAUAAUUACCCUUUUUAAUUCCGUUUUAUUCCUUUCCUGAGCUUGUAUUAAUCUGUAUUCCCAAUACAGUUGUUAUUCAGUAAAAAACACUUAUCUAUUUGGUUUUCUUGGUAAGGCAUAUCGCCAGAAUUAUUCAAUUUUCUACAUUUGAGUGAUUCAUAUUGACAAAUCUAAAGGUAAAAACAUCUUUAAAAUGUAAGUAAUAGCCUAUGUUCUGUCAAAAAUGAUUGUUGUUAAUAAAAUAAAACGUCUGCUUUAAUCUUUCACGAUUUUUAACAUUAUUAAAUUGUGUUGUUGUUGAUGUUCUACGAAACCACGGGGUCUACGCCGUGCUCGAAACGUCUGAGGUAAAUUUUAAAACAUAAUUAUACGUUAUUAAGUACCGUUUUACAAUUUAUUAAAAGAAAAUGAUUUAUAGAUAAAAUCGAAAUAAAAUUGAAAAUAACCCACAUUUUUAAAAUUCGUUUCGUAGGUAUUAGUGUUGGUUUUUCGUUUUCUUUUGUUUUUAUCAUAAAAUGGUUCUUGGCUUUCCUGAAUGUGUACGAGUAAUAAGCCUAUCCAUACAGCAAAAUAGAACUCAAAGGAUAUUUUUUUUAAGUUACAUUUGUAAUUUACUUGUGACCAUAAUUACCCUUUCUCACUCAUUUUUAUUCCUUUUCUGAGGUUGUAUUAAUAGAAGUCUGUCUUUCCAAUACUGUUGUUAUUCAGUAAAGACAAUUAUCUUUCUAGUUUUCUUGGUAAGGCGUAGGUAUCAUCUGAAUGAUUAAAUUUUCAAUAUUUUAGUUAUUUAUAUUCUCAAAUCUAAAGGUAAAAAUUUCUUUAAAAUGUAGCCUUGUUCUGUCAAAAAUUUUAAUUAACGUUAUUGUUAGGUAAUAAAAGGAAAGGAUGUAAAGAAAAUAUCAAAAUAAAAUUGGAAAUAACCUACGUUUUAAAAAUUCGUUGGGUAGGUAUUUGUCGUGGUCGUUCGUUUUCUUUUGCCAUGUUGUUAUAAUAUUUGGGUUACUGGGGGAAUAAAGAAAUUGUAAUGGGUUUUUAGUUCCUUUCUACCCCUGAUUCUUCUUGGAUGAGAAGAAACGGUGAAAACAACUGAAAUCUAGAUGGAUAAAACAAUUUAUUUUCAUUAUUGCGCACACAUUUUCGUCCACCUUUGUACAUUAAUGCAAAUAAGGCACAAGGAUACUUUAAAUGUUAAUUUGCUUGUGUUUCCAAAUGACAUUUGAUGAGAAGAAACGUUGCAAGAAACUCAAUGUUAUUUAUCGAAAAUUACUGUCUUUGUUUUUGGUCUUUUAGUAGUCGUCUGUUUAAAUAAAGAUUACGCCUGUAAUGAACUCAGCAGGUAACCCUCUUUAUGAAGCCGUCCUUUACUGCAGUCUGUCCCGCCCCCGUCACGGGGUAAUCGUUUAUGUCAACGAAAACUAGAUUGUUGAGUCUUUCCGUCUGUUCGUAUAGCGACAUACAUGGCACUAAAUUAGGUAUAUGGUGCCCGUCACAUCCCAUUGAAAACAUAGCAGCUGAUCCCAGAAUGGCUACUGCAUCUUUUGUGUCUACCAGAAUUCCUUAAAUACAACCUGCAAUGACUAUAUGACGCCAUGAUAGAUUAUUUAAGUGUUGAAAAUGUACAAGUCUUAACUACGUGUGAAUAUUAGUGAAUAAGCGUUAAGCGUGCACACCUAAGCUUUUGUAGCAUAUCGUUUUAAGGUCGGUAUUAGGGACAUAUUUGUGCUAAAUUAUAUUUGAUCACGGAUGCGAUUGAAAUUCACGGAACUAAAUUGUAAUUAUUGAAAUUUGGAAUGCGAUUUUUAGCUGAUAUUUUCAAAAGAGUCCAUAAUUAAAUGAGUUUAAUGUUGUUAAACCGCAGAUCGCGAUUACUAGUAGUAUAGAACCACGAGCAAGGCGACAACGGCGGAGUAGGUUCAAAUAAAAUAGUAAUUACUAAGUGUUCAAUGUGUACACCGGGCUUCGUGUUAUACCGAUCUCUCUCAGUCUCAUUCAGUCUCACAGCGCGAGCAAUAAUCAUUCAUACAGUAAUCAAUUAUGCAAUUCACGUCCGAAUAUACCCUUUGAAACAAAAAACAACAAACGGUUCAACAGGUCUUGUCUAAUUGUUUUCUCCCUCAAAUUUUCGUCUCAGUAGAUCGUACAGGUGAGUAUACGCAUACAUCUAUUGCUGAAACUCCUUUGGAGUGUUUGAAGUACUAUCCGGGCUAUUUCGCCGUCAAAGGGAAUAUUAUCCCACGCACAAGUACGUGUUGAGUCAGGGUCGUUUGUCUGGCGCCAAUAAGAUGACAGAAAAUGUGCGCAGAUAGGAAUAGAUGUGUGUGAUCUAUUCCUAUCAGAGGGUUUUACUGUGAUUAUUUUGUUUCUUAUUUUUUUUUUAUAUUUGUGAACCGUAAGCGUUAAGCGUUCACAUCUAAGCUUUUGUAGCGUAUCGUUCAAAGGUCGGUAGGUACAUACAUAUUUGUGCUAAAUUAUAUUUCACCAGAAUGCGAUUGAGACUCACGGAACUUAAUUGUAAUUAUUAAAAUUUGUAAUGCGAUUUUUAGCUGAUACUCUCGAAAGAGUCCAUAUUUAUAAGAAUUCAAACAUAUUGAACGCACAGAUCGCGAUUACUAGUAGUAUAGAAUCACGAGCAAGGCGACAACGGCGGAGUAGGUUCCAAUAAAUAUUAGAUCAGGGUAUAUCCCUUGGUAAAGAAAUGCGUACGAGGCGGAUGGCAUACUAUUGUGGAAUGCUCUAUGGAUAGGACUAAGAGACGUUAUUAUUGUCAUCCCGAAAGUAUAACACCGCUGGCUGGCUGGCUUUUUAGAUGGCCGAGUGCUUCGCUGAAGUCAGCGACCGUUACUUUCGGUCCGUUCCGGAGUAACUUAAUAGUUAUAUGGUGGUGAGUUCUUGGCACGGCCAGCUAAGCUGUUCUUCAGAUAUCUCAUGUUUUCUUCUGAUGUUUAACUUCGGAAGAUCCAUUGUAGAUCAAGUGACGCACUAACGCGGACAGUUCCACGCUCAGCUGGGCCUUCUUAACUUUGAUUUCCUCAAUCUUCUUUUUUUCCGGUUACAUUCCAUUUCGGCAAUACUGGCUUCGCGAGUCAUGAUAACGCUGAUGAUCCUGUCAAAUAUUAAAAGUAAUUAUAAGCGGGUGAUCUAUUGGGGAGCCAGCGAGCUAACGGUCUAAACCGUUGGUUCGUUGGCUCGUCUACUCGCGUUGGUGAUCCAUUAGCGUACCAAACAGUCUACUCUCAUCGUUGGCGAAGACAUGUCGUGUUCCCAGCCGGAAUUACUUUGUUACUUGGACGUACUGUUAUAUGAAGAGAAAUAACAAAAUAAAAAGAAAAAAAUGGUAUGGACUUAUUACUUGUGUAUGGACCAACUGAAAACAUCGAACAAUAAAGAUGGCGUCACAGAUCUA